AAUUAUUUUUCAGAACGAUGUUUGUAAAAAGUCCCCAGCAGGCCCUAUACUGGUUUGACGGAGUAAAAACAGGACAGGAUGCUCUUGAUGCUCUAGAGGCAAAGGAGCAGCUUCCUUUAGCUGUCCGACUGGAACAAAAUGGAAAAGUUGUCGAAUUUUAUGAUUCACAAUUGGAUAAUGUUACCCUGUACAUCAUACCAAAAGAUGGUCUGGUCGGAGGAAAAGGCGGAUUCGGAUCCAUGUUGAGGUCCAUCGGAGCACAGAUAGAGCGAACAACAAACCAUGAGGCUAUGCGAGACCUAUCUGGGCGUCGGCAGAGGGAUGUUAACAAUGAGCGUCGGCUGAAGGAAUACAUUGCAGGAACAGCUGAGAGGGAGAAGGUUAAAGAGGAGAAUAAAGAGAAAAAACUAGAAAAACUCAGGCGAAUUGCUGCCGGGGAAAAUAAGUGUAAACAUGAUUUCAGUGAUCCAGCCUAUGACAAGGUUCGUUCUGAGACCGAGGAGAAAGUUCAUGAUGCUGUUGAGGCCGCGAUGGCAGUAGCCUCGGCAGCCUCCUCCUCUAAACAAGAGGAUAAGCUGGGCAAGCGAGGUUCAACAGAGGCAUCAGCAGGUCCUCCAAAGAAGCGCGGAUUAUGGAUUGGGGACGGACUGGAGGGAUUAUCCGACCUAUCAGAUUCAGAUUCAGAUGAAGAAGAUGAAGAGAAGGGAGAAAAAUCUAAAUCUGUAGUCUCCGGCUGAGCUCCCCACCCCCCUCAUCUGUGACCACUCCAUCCCCCUCUUUAAUUUACAACUUUUACAGUACAUUCAUAGAUUUUAAUAUUUACUUGGAACAAAUCUCAAUAAUUGACUAUUUUCAGAAAAAAA